AGUUAAUGUCAUCCCAGGCAAAAGCAGUAAUUAAAACUACUGAAGAUUAUUUGCAGCCUCAGUUUGGCCCCAACAGACUUUUGCUUUCAGCAGCAAUAUCAGAAGGGUCAGGACUCCAAGAUUGCUCCACACAUCAAAAAGCAUCAGAUCAUAGCCGUGAUGAAAUAUCAGACCCAGAGAGCUACAAAUCAAACAGUAAAAACAAUUCUUGUUUUAUAUCAGCCUCCAAGAGAAGCAGACCUGUCAGGGCUCCGGCAGGUCAACUGAGAGUUGCAGAAUUCUCUUCUUCAAAAUUUCAGUCAGCUCAGAACUGGGACAGAAUGUCUCAAAGACAGAAACUUCAACCCCGAGUGAUUAGAGCCACAGCUUACAGAAAUGGGUCUAGAACAGUCUUUGCCAAAGUUACUGCACCAACCAUCUCCUUGCUGCUGGAGGAGUGCACGGAGAAGCUGCGUCUGAACAAGGCCGCGCGACGAGUGUUCCUGGCAGACGGCACCGAAGCCCUCAGACCUGAGGAUGUACCCCAUGAAGCCGAUGUUUAUGUUUCUGUGGGAGAGCCCUUUAUAGACCCAUUCAAAAAAAUUAAAGACCAUCUGUUGUUAAUGAAGAAAGUAACUUGGACAAUGAAUGGGCUGAUGUUUCCUACUGAAGUCGAAAGAGGGAAAACCAAGCCUGUCCUUUCUAACAGAAUGAAGAGACUUACGGGGAAGACCUCAGUCCGAGUUCUGUUCUUUAAGAAUGGCCAAGGGCACGGCGGCCAUGAGCUGGCAGUGGGAAAGGAGACGGUGAGAAAGGUUUUAGAUGCUUGCACAACGAGAAUGAACCUAAAUUCACCAGCCAAAUAUCUCUUUGAUUUGUAUGGCCGAAAAAUUAAAGAUAUUUCAAAAGUUCCUCUGCUUGAAAAAUAUCUGCAAAAUUCCAUCACACCUUUGCGGGGACCAGUUUGGGUCUCUAAGGGAGAAGGUUUCAGCCCCUCAGGAGCUAAGAUGUACAUCCAAGGAGUUCUUUUGGCCUUGUACCAACGUUUAAAGUCUGCAAAAAAAUAUUAUAAACAGUUGAACUUGGCCAUGGAUGAAAAGAAAGAGAAAAUUACGGAAAAAGUCAUUCUUUCAAUGACAGCGAAGGAACACCUUAAGGCACGGGAAGAAGUGAGCAGGCUGAUUGAUGAAUUGCAGACAGCUAUCAAAAGCAACAGAGGUCAUCUCUCUAAACUUGGCCCCCAGUUGCGGGCUGAGCAGGAGCAAUUCUCCUCUUACGUCUACCAACACAUUAAAAGCCUUCCAGCCAACACUCUUGUCCCGAGAGGUCUGCAGCUCAAGGUAUUUGAAAGUGGUAAAGACACCGGAGAGAUCUCUGUUUUCAUCAGCAAAAAAGACCUGGGGCCUAACAGCCGAAACCAAACUGGCGAUAUGAUGGAAAAGUUACUUCUCAAGAUUCAUCAGAGGCUUCAAGGAUCUUCCCUCAACCCGCCAGGCCUCAAUUUCUCUUCAGCCCGGCUUUUCGACGAGCAAGGCCAGGAAAUUAAGAAUCCACUUUUGCUGAAGAAUGAGCAAAAAAUUUGGGUCUCUUUUGGUAAAGCACACAGAUCUCCACUGAACACUGUUUUGAGCCUGACCUUUGACCAGGUGGCUGCAUUUGCCAGAGAUGGCAUCACAAUCGCAUAUAAAACCGUCUUGGAUCCGAGUGCUGCUCUGCUACCCGGAUGUGACAAUUGGGAAGUUUGUGAGGGAUUUCCAGUGAAUUUUAAUACCAGCACUCAACAGAUACCUGAUCAAUUUGAAAAGGUGGACUUGGAGAACCAUUUCCUACAAAACAAGGUGGACCCCAAUAUUGUCCUCCAUGCCUCGGUUUCUGUUGGAAAGUGGGGUUCCUGGAGCAGUGAAGACAGCAGCAGAUGUCCAGUGGUGCCGUCAACACUGUGGCCUGCAGCCAGUGUGUGGCUGAUCACGAAGACUGGGAUGAUCCUGAGCCGAGCGAUAAUGCAGGGCUGCCUAGCUGUUGGUCAUCCAAUCAGAAUCAAGGCCACUGGGGGAACCUCUCUAGAAGGAUAUAAAUUAAUCCUACAGAAAAGACAUAAAGAAGAUGAUUCUCAGAAGUGGGUGUUUGGAACUGACAGCUGUAUUUAUUCUAAGGCUUAUCCUCAGUUUGCUCUGACCUACCUGGAGGAGCUAACGGCACAAAUGGAUGUGACCCAGACAGAGCAUCACAUUCACCAUGGUGCCUGGACCGCAGCUCAUCAGGAACACGGCAGCAGCUUAGCAGAAGAGGUUCUGCAAAAAAGUGCCAGCGUCCCUGGUCUGAUGCAUCUGCCAGAGCCUUCAGACACCGAUCUAAUGCCGGAAGGUUCUCUUGGGGAGACAGGGCGGCUGACAGUGGCACUGGUGAGGCGGCUGGAAGAGAAACAUCCCAAGGCAGCUGCUCAGAGGUGGGCCAUAAAACACGCAGGGACCAGUAAGCCGGGCCAGUGGAAGCAUUCCAGGGUUGAAAAUCCUCUCUGGAAUAAGCUUACCUACAUGUGGCCAGUCCUUCCCAGCGGCCAACUGAAUGAGGAGUUUGAUUGGCCAAUAGAAGGAAUGCUUGUUCCGAACAGUCCUCCCAUGAAGAAACCCGUCUGCAAGUCACCGCAGCAGUGUGGGCCUGUGAGACUCAGGGUUCUGAGGAAUGGAGACAAGAAUAAAAGCAGAGCCCUUGCUAUAAUCAGUCCAGACGCCUCACCUGGGCGAAAACUGCAAACUGUUGACACAGAAAUGAAAGAGAAUGUGAAAAACGAUGUCACUAAACAUUCUGAAACAGAAACAAACCAGACUGAAUUUCAUCAACUUCUGGAGAGGUGCACUGAGGUUUUAAAUUUACCUUCUGCAGCUCGGAGACUGUUCAGUGAAAAGGGGAAGGAAAUCUUUACCCUAAAAGACCUUCAAAGAGAUGAACUGGUGUAUGUUUCACGCGGAGAGCCGUGGAUCAACCCUGACAUGUCUGUUGCUCAUCAAAAGAAGCAAAUCUUCCUGAGGAACUUAGCAUCAGAUAUUUCUAAAAUCCAAACCUUCUGCAGUACACGUAAGAUUGAGGCUCUUGUUUUAGAAGUCCAAAGUGACAUUGUGUCUGGAGCCAAGCUUGCUGUGUGUAGACCUGUAGCAACUUUUGAAGAAGAGAAGCAAAUUAUAGAACCAGAGGAAGAGCAAACGCAAAAAAAUGCUUUCACAGUGGAAAGUGCUUCCAGCGAAAUUCUAGACUCACACGCGAGAGCCCAUCUCCGAAUGAAGGCUUGUCACACACGCCCCAGGUAUGCCUGGCAGGAAACUUCUCCUGGCCUUGAUGAAGGUGACAGUUCUCCAAAGAAAAUGGAGGAAAAGCCCUUUGAAAAUGUGGAUCCACAGAAGAAAUCCAGCCCUUCUCCAAAGCAGAAUAAAUUGCACAAGAUUUGCAACCAGCAGUUUGAAUACAGAGAUGGGCAGAUUAUAAGCUAUGCCUCUCCUCAGCUAGUCUUGGGGGUGCAAGGUCCCAACCUGCAUUCAGGCAUGGAAGUGGUUUUGGUGGAGAAAAAAGCCAACGACAGCCUCCAACGCUGGAUACACAAGGAAGACAGCAGGACCUUUCACUUGGUGAGAAACCCAGACUUUGUGCUGGCAGCGUCUAUGACCAAGACGAGAAACGAAGUCCGUGGCUAUCCCGUGGUUGUUCAGAAAUAUAAACCCUACAACAAUGGGGCUUCCAAUCAAAAGUGGAAUUACAUCGAACCUACAAAAGCUUUCAUGGCCUUUCAUAGCACUGCACUGGAUAAGGAAAUCACAGCAGCAAAUCAUGCUGGAAUUUGUACAUCUUCUGUGUUUAAAGAAGACAUUGAUCAACCCGGAUACUAUCAUCUCUCACCUGCUGGAAAGAAAAAGAUUAUGCUGUGCUUAGCAUGUGGACGAUCCACGAGAGCUGAGAAGGGGCUGAAACAGGUGCUUCCAGGGACGCCCUUCCUCUGCGCCUCGGGUUCCGAGACCCAGAAGCCCUUCUCGCGAGGGCCUUUCAAGGCCGUCCAUGUGGCUGAGGCUGAUUUAUCUUCUGACGAGGCUGAGAAAACUCUAAGUUAUUAUGAACAACGUUUAUUGUCUUUACGGAUGAAGACCUGCACAGAAGUUGUGUCUCGUAGUGGUGUGGCAGCUAUGCACCAGAAGGCAGUGAAAAUAAUUGCAUACAAAAAUGGAGAUGGAUAUCGGAAUGGGAAGCUAAUUGUGGCUGAAACAUUCCCCACACUCCUCACAGAAUGCACGGAGCAACUUGGCCUUGCCCGAGCAGCCUCCAAAGUAUAUACCAAAGAUGGAACCUCAGUCCUGUCCUUGUGUGAUCUGGUUUUGUGGGCUCUGGAUGAAUCUCUUCUCCACAGAGACUCCAAGGAACCAAAGGAAGAGGUAACCCCUGUUGGAACAAAGGAGACAACUACAGAAAAUAUGGAAGAAAACCCAAGACUGAAGGUGAAAAACAGAUUAUUUCCAAAGUCUGUGACAUCCGAUAGUUUGGAUGGUAUAGAUGAAUCUUUUUUCACCCUCAUUCACAGAAACCCCAUUGCCAUCUGGGUGUCUUGUGGCGAACCAUUUUUAUCUCCGUACGCUUUGCAGAAAGCAGAACAAGUAGAAAAACAGAACUGGCUGGAAAAGGACAAAAUUUUGGCUGACUUAGAUACCAUGAAACACAAAAUGAGACUGUUAAAAGGGCGGCGAGUAGCAGCCCGUCAGCCGGCCACCAUGGUCCCCAACAAAAGCCCUGUGCAGCCGGUGGUGGUGGAGGGAGGCUGGACUGAGCAGACUCAAGAGGAAAUUAAACUCAUGGAACUUAUUAGACAUACAGAGGCACACCUUUCUGAAGUCCAAGAACAGCAAUCCAAGAGAAAUUCUCCAAUCGCAACUAAACGUACAGCACGCAAGCAGAGCGGCCUGUAUAAGCAACCCGAUGCCAAACGAGUCUGGAUUUAUCUAAAUGGGUGCAGACCUGAGGAUGGCACUUAUGCCUGGGGCAAGACUAUUUCAGAGCUGCUGGAUGCCUGCUCCUCUCGCCUGAAAAUGGCCUGCCCAGCCAGAAUGCUGUACACCCCAGAGGGAGAGCCGAUUCACUCGUGGGAUGACAUAGAGCGAGACAUGGUCAUCUGUGUGUCCUCAGGACGUGGCUUCAUAACCCAAAAAGAGUUAAAACAACUGAUGGAGAUCAGAGCAAAUUAUGCCAGAAUCCGAAGGCAGCAGGGCCCUGAAGCCACAGACAUUGUGGUGUCUCCAUCCGAGAAGCUGCAGAAGCUGGUACAUCAGCACAGCGUCUAGCAGCGCCAUCAUGUUUUGUGCUGCAUUUUGUUAGUACAGCCUGUAUGUAUAUGGAUAUAUACUUACUACGAUGUGAUUACCAUUCAUCCUUUUUAAUUUGAUGCUGUCUCUUUAAAAAGUUAUUACCCUUCACAGUUUAUGUAGAACAGCAUGUGAUGCCUCAAAUCGACUCUUGGAAAAGCAACAAAAGUAGACAAAGAGAUGCCAGUAAAAUAACUAUGUUCAGUAUAUUUUCUUCCAGGAAAAAAAAAAGAAAACAACUAGUUACUACUGAAAAAUUAGUGUUGUCACGUUAUAUAUGUACUUAAAUAAUGAGAUAGACUCUUUGACCGUGGAACGUUAAAUUUGACCCAGACUGAUAUUCUUCUGGCUCAGCCACUGUAUUUUCCAAAUCUCCACGUGAGCAUCCUACAUUUACUGAACGAAAAUGAAAUGGCUGGUGACCACCGAGUGCCACAUGCGUUGAUCUUUCCUCCUGCAAUUUCCCCUGAGUUUGGCCUGUAGUAACGGUGCCAGACUAUAUGAGGCCCGGCCACAUGCGCUUGCAAGAGUGAAGCUGGAACAUCCCAGACAUAAGCUCAGUAACAAAAGUCUAGACACUAUGUCCUCAGUACAGAAACUGUUGGGGAGGAUAUAUGCACUAUUUGAAGAAAAACUCAUGUAAUGAUUUUUUAUAUAUAUGUAAAGGGAUCAAGGGAGAUGCUUAGCAAUCCUAGGUGUCAGUUUCUUCCUGCGUUGAAGAAAGAAUCAUUAAAAAAAAUAGCAGCAACAAAUCAGAGUUUGGUUUCUGGUCCUUGUGGAAGAUUUCCAGAGAAAUGCUCUUUUUCUCCCUCUUGCUCAGAAAGCCACUCACAACUCUGCCUGAAUAUAAAUUGCAGACUGGCUAGGUGUGUGCAGAAUGGUUCAGCUGGGCUCACUCCUCCACCCGCCACUGUAAUGUGAUGCAGGAAAGCAGUAGAUCAUUUCUACUGAAAGGGGCUCUCGGUAAUCACUGCAAAAGGCCUGGUAUUUACUCCCAGCCUUCAAAUCAGUAGGGCUGCAGGAAUAAAUCCCUGCCUCCUCCAACACCACUGAAAGCAGAGCACGUUGAGAUGAAAUUUCACAUGUUACCUCCACAGCAAUUUGCCCUUUUGCAGACAUUUUCCCUGCAUAUUGUGCGAUGUUAGCGAUGCAAAGGCAUUCCAGAACACCUUUGUGAUGCAUAGAAGAAAAAGAUUGCAUUUUUUUAACAAGAAAGUCCAGGCAAAAAGGGUUAAGGAAUGAGCUCCCAGUUAUGAAGUGGGCCAACAGAAUUUUUUUUAUUUACAAUUUUUUCAAUUAUAGUUUACAUUCAAUAUUAUUUUAUACUAGUUUCAGGUGUAUACCAUAAGGCCGACAGGAUUCUUAACCUGCUGGGCCUCUCCAUAGAAUGACUGGAUGGCAGUCCCCAUGAACACAGAGCAUUCCAUGUUUUUUCAAAAUAUCUUGAAAACAAAGGCAUUUCUCAAGGUGCAAAACUGCCUAUCAUUUUGUUGCCAAGGAUAAGUUGAUUUGCUAUGAAAAUGGCAUAAUUUCACCCUGGAUCAAAUGUGCAAAUUCCUGCGAAGUCCUCACUGUUGCACGUGCAUGCGCCUGAAGCGAAAAUUGGUAAUAUCACACAAGGCUGUAUCAAGCACCAGGAGACAUAAGGCAAAACUCUUAACAGAACUUUUCUAUUACUAGUAAAUGGGAUUUUAGAUGUAAUAUAACAGUCAUCAACACAUCACAUUUUACCAGCAAGGCAGCGACACUUGCUUUGUUGACGACGGCUUGCCCAGGGUAGUUGGCAGUUCAUAGCCACUUUUACCUCGGACUAAGAACAGGCCUGCUCUUUCCUUAUUAUUGACCUUCCUCUUUGGUUGGCUGGAAGGUGGACUGGGGAGCAGUUACUCCACCGUCAGCAAGGGCUACAGGAUAAGACUAUUGCAAUUCUGUUCAGCCCUCCAAGGCUUUUAAUAAACCUAGUAAUUUCCUUUGGGGACCUGUUUAUCAAAUUUGAAUCAGCUUCAUAUGUAUUAAGUCACAUUUCAAUAUUUUCUAUCAACUGGAAACCAUUUAUUAUUAAAUACUAUAGCAGCCAUCCUCAAGUCCGCGGCUUUCUCCAGAAAUAUAUUUCCUGCUGGUUCACAAAAACCCUUAAGGUAAUCCAGAUGUUAAUGAACAGCAAAUCAGCAUUUGCAAUUAUCCUCGGGUGAAGGGCUUUUCUGGAAGUUUCUGCCACACCUCCAGCUUUGGAUGCCUGAUUAAGUGUCAGGGAAUGAAACUGUCUGUUUCUAAUCGAGUUAACUAAAACCAAUAUGCCUGAAUGUUUGACAGACAUUUUGAGAUGAACUGACACCAUUUAUAAAUAAGGAUCAUUUUUAUCGGGAUGUUUGUGUCAGCUUUAUAAAACAGGACACAUUAGUAAUUAUUCUAAAUGCAGAGGUAGUUCCUGAGAGCAAUAACCCUGAAUUUCCAUUUUUUUUCUUGAUUGUUCAUAAAAGCUAAAUAAUUUUUGUGGGUCAAGAAAACAAAGCAACAAACUAACAGCAACAAAAGGUAAAGAUAAAUCUGUUCUCUUUCAAGAGAGAAUCACUUAGAAAUUGUGGCCCAUAGCUGUUGUAGCAUUUGUGAGCGAACCUUCAGUAAUAGCCCAGGUGUGCUGAGUGUCAUUGAGAUUUGUGAUUCGCCCAGGCAGCAGUUUUUUUCUGGCAUCAUUUGGAAGAGAGCAAUCAAAACCCACAGGUCUGCGUUAUUCCCGGGCAUUACAGAAUCAGAUGCAAAUGUCCUUAGUUAAGUGGCAUUAGACCCAGUGGUGCUCCUUGGGGGUUUUAUUACACCAGUGUCUCCGGUUCCCUCCCGCCUCUGAACACAUCUCAACCUCCCCUAAGGUUUGGUAAGCAGAAAGAAAGAGCAGCGGUUUUGUUCUCCACACAAUAAACUCGAAUUCAGCAUAAAUGUUAUGAUUUGGGGCUGCUCAGCCAGAAGCAGCUGCGAAGCAAGAUCAACAAAGACCACUCAGGAGAGGGCUGAUGAAAGUAAAUGGACCGACUGCGGACGGUGGAUGUUCAGUGGGUGCCUGCUGCCAGCUAUAUAGUAUUUUCUAAUUCUUCCAGUCUGCAAUGUGAAACUACUAUCCAUAGGCUGUCACCCAGUACCAUAUGUGCAAAUAGAAAUAUAUGAGGAGCGAGGAAGUGCUUACGUCCAUGGUGCAACUGGGCUGGGGGAGGGAGGAAGAAAGGAGACGGGAAAUCAUAUUUAUACGGCAAGUAAAAUGGGGAUUCUGAAGGUUCGGUCAACUGCUGGGUCCGUUAGGUCUUGGCUUAUCAGUCCUAGAAGUGUCGAAUUUAGGGAUUCAUACUGGGAUUUCAGUCUGGGUGAGGAUGGGCAACAAUGUCAGCUCUGUCAGACCAACUCAGGCAGCUGGACAGUCGGUCUCCAGGUGCCACCAGCAGCAGCAGUUUUACAGGACAUCCCCCAAGGGCACACUCUCUUAAAGGAGCCUGCAGACUGCCCUGGAAAGAAAGGGAGGACAGGGGGGACCCCCCAGGAAAUGCUAGGGUUAGUGCCCCACCAAGUAUAAGAUUUGGUUAUACUCGUAACACUUUUUAAAUGUGUACUGUUCUUUCUCCUCUUCCUUCCUUUCUUUUCUUUCCUUGCCCUUUGACCUUCUCUUCUCAGUCUUCCUUGCUUUUUUUCUUCAAAGGGCCUUUAAGUCCCAUCUUUUACCUUAAAAACAGCUCUACCCUGGAGCUAUUUGUAGAUCAGCAAGAAUGCUUCCCUAACAUGCUUCUCAAAGGUUGUGUGCACAGUUGUGGUAAAAUGCAGAGUCCCAGGCUUGGUGGCAGAGAUUCUUACUGAGGUUGGGCAGGGAGUCUGCAUUCAUGAGCCUCUGGGACAGAGAGUGGUAGCUGACCGCCCUUUAGGAAACUGACCCGGGAGGUCUUUGCCUGUCAGUGGGGCAGGGCCCAAGCACUAAGGACGGUUUCAAGAGCACAGUGGGUGCUUUUAUUCUCAUGUUCAGGGUUUGUGAAGACAAAGCACUUGCUGUGUGCAUAAGGGUUUGAGUCUAAAUGUCCCCUCAUUUACUCUUCACUGUUUCCUUGAGAAAUAAUGGAAAUGUUCUUGUGUCCGGACCAGCCACCCACAUGGUGGAGGCAAAACAAGUGAGUUUGAGGUGCUGAAGCUUCCCAUGUUACUUAAGCUGCCUUUGGUGCUGAUAAAAUUGUGCUAUUAUAAGGGUCACAAGAAUAAUGUCAGGGUUAGGAACAGCGUAAUUUUGAGUGUGGGGAAAUAGCCAGCUUCUUGGGCUUUUCUUAUGCAUUUUUAGAUGUACAAAGAGAGACAGCUUUGAAACCAGGAGAGGUAGGGGUCCUAUUUGCCAAAGUGACCCUCUUUCCACGGAAGGAACUUCUUGCUAAGCCUCUCUGCUCUGUGUUUGCCCAGUCCUGGCAGGUUCCCUUCAGUAACAAGUGCUCUUACACAAAUUAAUUUUCAAGAUAGUUUUCUUCAUAAAUGGAAUCCAUGUAGAUUGGGAGACAGAUACUGUCCUUGGAAGAAAGAAAAUACAAAGGAAAUUAGUUUUUCGAGGAACUAAUUCAUAUGUAAAUAAAGCCAGGCACUCUCUCUUCUGCGAGCCAGGCCAAAGGUGCACUCGAUGGGGUGUGGCUACAGGAUGUGCAGAGGCCUCGAACGUGGGAAUGAUGAGCAUGCAGUGAGGUGGGAGAGGUGGGCACGAGCCGGAUGCUGGAGGGCUUUGUGGGUCAUGCUCAGGAGUUGGACUUUUUCUUUCUUUUUUUUUUUAAUGUGCAUCUGAAAGCCAUUCAAGGGAACUAGAUCUUUUAUAUUAAAUUAAGCUUGCUCAGGUUGGCAAGCUAUGAAGACACACUCAAGAUUUACCCCCGGUGAUGGAGGUUUGUUAGAAGGAUUAAAAGGAAGCGGGAAAGCCCGGGGAAAGCCCAGCACCCAGGCUUCAUGGUGAUCUCCAUUCAAGAUGCACGGCCUGUUUGUCCAAAUGGCCACCCAGCAGUCUGCCGCUUUGGCUCUUGGCUUCCCAGCUUCUCUGUGCUCCUUGCCUCUGCCGGGAAACUUCUACUUCUCCCCGGGCUCUUCUGCUCUGUGCUGAGAUGCUCACUUACCUCCUCAUGGCUUCUGCUGCUUCGUGGCUUCUGUUUCCUGCUUCCUUUUUUAUAUUUUUAUUUUGGCUCCACUGCCACUGUACCAUCUGAAUUUCUUUCUUUGUGUCUUCUAAUGGAAGGGCGAAUGGCUGGAGGCCAGCCAAGGGCUGCCUUUUACUCCUCUUACGUUAGGAUCUGAGGGAUCCUGUGAUAGACAAAGCCCAGCUUGCCUGUGUAAGCAACGGUGUGGGUUCAUCUCUCCUUGGGAAGCUGUGGACGUGACUGGCCUUCGGGGCUCCGGGGCAUUUUCAGUAUGGAUGCACGGUUCUGCCAUCAUUGUGAUCUUUUCCUCUCUUCACCGGUGAGAAAUGAAAUUAGCAAUGGAAUCAGCCAGGCUGUCACUGUUCCUCUUCAGUCAUUGAGAGGCUUGCCCUUGAGUACAUGCUCUACACUGACCUCGAUGGGGCAACCUUGGUGAUCUUUGCUAUACAGGCAACACAAACUUGAGGUUGAAACCUGUGGCUUUGUUAGAGUAUCAUGGAUACCAGUUGGACUCUCUU